AUCAGGAUACUGACCGCGGUGGUGUUUGAUACCAUGUCGGCCACCGUAGAAGAGGAUAACAUAUCCAUGAUUACGUUGGGAGUGCCCGGUGGAUUUCUUCAUCAUUUGUAGCUAGAAAGAUUUAUUAUAAUUAAUUCCGACGUAAGUAUUAUAUAUUUUUAUACGCAGAUAUGGGGGUACUAACAAUAUAGUGUUAUAAUACAAGUAUUCUAGCAUUUAGCUAGCUUGCUAGACGUAUAAACUGAACGACACGUCUGCACGAUUUAACUGUCAAGCUAGCAGUAGCUCUAACAGCAGCCAAUGACACGUAGCGGUAACUAGCUAAAGAAACUGGUUGAACCAGGGAUGGUUUAGGUAAUGUUGGUUGAACUACUAGCUAUCUAGCUAACAUUCUAGAAUAUAUACAUUACGGCGAAGAAAAGCCGUUAGCAGAUGUGUGUUGCUAGGUAACCAAAUGACGAAUGUUAGCUAGCUUGCUAAAGUUUUCUCAUCACCCAGCAGUAGCUAUCUAGCUAACGGUACGCUCGCUUCUCGUGUUGGUGAUUCAUGAGACGUGCUUGAAAUUGAUUCUUCUAACGUUAGUAAAUAAUGUGUCAGGUGAUUAACCAUCCCUACACGUGUCUUAGCUAGCUAACGCCCUACAAUAUAUUUUGUUUGAUUAUUCAGAAACGAUUAACUUUUUAAUAUAUUUUUAUGUAGCUAGCUCAUAGUGUUUAGAAAUUGGCUAGCCCCAUAAGACAUCCAUUACUGCCCAAUGCAAUGGGUCUACCUGGGGUGUAUUCAUUACGUCUUACAACGGAAACCGUUUACCGUUGAAGAACCAAACGGAGAGAGCGACCUACCUUAAUUUGUCCAAUAGAAACUCGUUUUCGUUGCAAAACUCUUUCCGUUCAGAGUAAACGGUUGUAUUACAGACGAAACGUUUUGCAACAGAAUCGGCAUAAUUAAUACACUCCAGGGGUCAUAACGUCAGGGGUGUGUUCAGUAUGGCAAAACUGUUCAUUUUCGAAAUGUUUUGGUUAUGUUCAACGUUUCAUUCAAUGGAAACGGUACUGUGCUGAACGACCAUUUGAAGAACGGUGUGAUUAUGGUGGCUCAGAGGGCUAUUGUCUAUGGUGCAAUUAGCUACAAAUGGUCACACUGGUCAAUAUAUAUCUCAAUGUGUCACACCCAUAUUGAUCAGGGCACACCCACCAAACGGGAGUGAACAUACCUCAAAAGCUGUUGAAGAAUGGUGCGCACCGUUUUGGGGGAAACAUGUCAUUCAGUAGUAACCGUCACACAAUGUAGCAAACGUUGAACCAAACUGAAUGCACCCUAGUAUUGAAACAUCAUUAAAAGUGCUUGUUUUCCAUUCUUUAGGACUUUGAUAGAGGCAUCCUAGCCCAAUAGAGGAAGAUGAGGCUGAAAGAGAUCCAGAGGACGGCUCAUCCAGCAUGGAGUCCUGCCCCCCACCACCCUAUCUGCCUGGCCUUAGGUAGGGCACAAAUGUUACCUGUAUCAGACCUGUCCUGCACUAACCCUAACCCUUCUACCUGACCUUAGGUAGGGCACAAAUGUUACCUGUAUCAGGCCUGUCCAUACCUGUCCUGCACUAACCCUAACCCUUCCACCUGACCUUAGGUAGGGUAGAACGUUUUGUGUAUCAGGCCUGUCAUGCACUUAUACAGUAGAUGGUUCCAGAUGUUUACGCAGUCUUGCCAGUAGCCUCCCAGAUCUGUUUAUGCUAUCUUGCCAACUUGCCUAACUUGGCAAGCGCGCAUAAACAGAUUUGGGAGCAGGCUGCUAACACAGGAGUGAUGUAACCAAUGAUAACAGGCUUCACUUUUAAUGCCGAAUAACAUACUCUUGAGGUCUUGUGAUUUAUGGGAUUUCAUUCUUGGUCUUAUUGUUUUUGUUGACUAACAGGCACAUCAGCGCAGCAGUUGGACGCGUCAUUCAACACCGCUGCCGCCCUGGAAAUAUUCCAGGUGGAUUUUGCCGAUCCUUCCCUGGACAUGAAACUCAAGGGGUCCCUACCUACUUCUAACAGGUAAAGCAACAAAAUGAGCCAGGGAGAAGUAGCUGCUAACCCAAUACUACAUACGAGUCAUCAAGUUCAUAUGUUAUUGUAUCAAUACAUAUGAUUCAACCAUUCUGUCCCCUAGGCUGCAUAGUCUGGUGUGGGUAAACUUUGGAGCAGGAGAAGACGGUUUGGGAGGGAGACUGAUUGGAGGCAGUGAUAAUGGCAUGGUGACGGUGUACAGCCCAGAAGCCAUCGUAACAUCAGGGGCAGAGGCAAUAAUAGGACAGUCUGACAAACACACUGGGCCUGUCAGAGCACUAGACUUCAACCCCUUUCAGGUAAUAAUGGGAGCAGCGAGUCAAGUCUUUGGCCAAUUCUCACUUGUAGUUUGGCAUGCAAUUAAAAUAGCUACUAAAUUACAUUAAAUUAAGGUUUUAAUAUGAACACUUAAAGAAUAUGUUCAAUACAAUGUUCUGUACAGUAUCAUAUUAAGGUUUUAAUAUGAACACUUAAAGAAUAUGUUCAAUACAAUGUUCUGUACAGUAUCAUAUUCCCCACAUGUAUUUUUUGCUCAUUUGAAUGUGCUCUUUUUCAGAGUAAUCUGUUGGCGUCAGGGGCAAACGAUUCAGAGAUCUACAUCUGGGAUCUGAACAAUUUCAGCAAUCCAAUGACACCUGGGACAAAGUCACAGGUAAUGUCUUUUGGGGUAGUUUGUCCCAUUCCACUGUAUUUGUAUUUCCAUAGUAUUUCUUCUCAAAAUCAAAAUGGUGGGUAUUCCAGAUGAUGAAAUCCCUGUAAUGAGUCUUUAAUUUCAUUUUGAACAGUUUUCUCCAUGUUUCCCUCUUUGUAGCUCUGUGAGGUAAGAGUGAAAGCCAGUGUGUGGUUAGUGUCUGGUGUGUGGUGGCUUUAACAUGUGUGGGCUGGUGGGAAUGUUGAAUAACCUGAAACUUCCCCCUAUCAAGAGAUUACUGAAGUCUCUAAAGAAAUAGCGUGUGCAUUUCUAUGAUGAUAGUCUUCCACAGUGUGGCAGUGUUGGGUAUUUUUGGCUUUGCUUUUUGAUGUGUAAUAACACUUUUUUGUUAAUGUCUAAAAUGUGUGCCGGGAUAUUCUCCAAUCAGUAAUUCCUAGAGGAAUAUCUAUAUUUAUAACAAUGUUGCUCCUCCUCUCCCCAUCCACCUAGCCUCCUGAAGAUAUCAGUGUCGUGUCCUGGAACCAACAGGUCCAACACAUCCUGGCCUCUGCCAACCCCAGUGGGAAAGCAGUGGUCUGGGACCUGAGGAAGAACGAGCCCAUCAUCAAGAUUAGUGACCACAGCAACAGGGUAUGUACAGUAGAUUAGUGACUACAGCAACAGGGUGAGGACAGUAGAUUAGUGACCACAGCAACAGGGUGAGGACAGUAGAUUAGUGACCACAGCAACAGGGUAUGUACAGUAGAUUAGUGACCACAGCAACAGGGUGAGGACAGUAGAUUAGUGACCACAGCAACAGGGUGAGGACAGUAGAUUAGUGACCACAGCAACAGGGUGAGGACAGUAGAUUAGUGACCACAGCAACAGGGUGAGGACAGUAGAUUAGUGACCACAGCAACAGGGUGAGGACAGUAGAUUAGUGACCACAGCAACAGGGUGAGGACAGUAGAUUAGUGACCACAGCAACAGGGUGAGGACAGUAGAUUAGUGACCACAGCAACAGGGUGAGGACAGUAGAUUAGUGACCACAGCAACAGGGUGAGGACAGUAGAUUAGUGACCACAGCAACAGGGUGUGGACAGUAGAUUAGUGACCACAGCAACAGGGCGAGGACAGUAGAUUAGUGACCACAGCAACAGGGUGAGGACAGUAGAUUAGUGACCACAGCAACAGGGUGAGGACAGUAGAUUAGUGACCACAGCAACAGGUGAGGACAGUAGAUUAGUGACCACAGCAACAGGGUGAGGACAGUAGAUUAGUGACCACAGCAACAGGGUGAGGACAGUAGAUUAGUGACCACAGCAACAGGGCGAGGACAGUAGAUUAGUGACCACAGCAACAGGGUGAGGACAGUAGAUUAGUGACCACAGCAACAGGGCUGAGGACAGUAGAUUAGUGACCACAGCAACAGGGCGAGGACAGUAGAUUAGUGACCACAGCAACAGGGUGAGGACAGUAGAUUAGUGACCACAGCAACAGGGUGAGGACAGUAGAUUAGUGACCACAGCAACAGGGCGAGGACAGUAGAUUAGUGACCACAGCAACAGGGCGAGGACAGUAGAUUAGUGACCACAGCAACAGGGUCGAGGACAGUAGAUUAGUGACCACAGCAACAGGGUGAGGACAGUAGAUUAGUGACCACAGCAACAGGGUGAGGACAGUAGAUUAGUGACCACAGCAACAGGGUGGGACAGUAGAUUAGUGACCACAGCAACAGGGUGGGACAGUAGAUUAGUGACCACAGCAACAGGGUGAGGACAGUAGAUUAGUGACCACAGCAACAGGGUGAGGACAGUAGAUUAGUGACCACAGCAACAGGUGGGACAGUAGAUUAGUGACCACAGCAACAGGUGAGGACAGUAGAUUAGUGACCACAGCACAGGGUUGGACAGUAAUUAGUGACCACAGCAACAGGUGAGGACAGUAGAUUAGUGACCACAGCAACAGGGUGAGGACAGUAGAUUAGUGACCACAGCAACAGGGUGAGGACAGUAGAUUAGUGACUACAGCAACAGGGUGAGGACAGUAGAUUAGUGACUACAGCAACAGGGUGAGGACAGUAGAUUAGUGACUACAGCAACAGGGUGAGGACAGUAUAUUAGUGACCACAGCAACAGGGUGAGGACAGUAGAUUAGUGACCAUAGCAACAGGGCGAGGACAGUAGAUUAGUGACUACAAUGCAAGAAGAUACCGGUAGCCUACAAAGCUGGAAGCUAACUGUCCUUGCUAGCUUACUGCUGAAACUAACAUACAUUCACUACCUAGUACCUUGUUUGUGAUUAAUAUGCAAACCAUAACGCUAAAUAUUGCUGAUUUCAGAGCUGAUUGUCACCAAAAACGUUAUUCAUUCAAUUCAUCUCCCUUGCCUCUUGUCUCUCACCAGUCGAGAUCAUCUUUGCCCAAGCCUGGAGCUAUAUGUGUGAAUGAGGUCAUUGGUCUUAAAGAGACAGCGCACACUUUUAUAAAAUAAGAGAUUGCUUCUUCUAUGCAAAUGCUGUUGAUCAGUACAAUAAAAUAUGUCUUGAAUGGAAACAGAUCGUUUUUCAUCUGUAGCCCCAUGAAAUCAACCAAAACAAGCUCAAUAACGCAAUGCAUUUGCACACUCUUAUUGAAUAUGCGUUCACCUGUAUUGUGAAUAGGCCUAGGCUACACCUUGAUUUACCCAGUUUAUCAAUAAAGAUUUACCAUUUAAAUAAAUGAUUACCGUUAUGUAGUUAGAUCUGUAAAAAAACAAAGUCAAAUUGAUUAAUUAAUGCAUACAUUAAAAACUCUUAACAUUUCAAAUGCAAAGAUAUUGAACUCAAAAGAUCUGUCUGGAUCAAGUGCCAUUCUGUGACUUUGGCUAAUACGGCUUAUUUUUUUUGCCGUGGUAUCGUUUUGAUAUGGAGUAUCGUGAUACUAAACCUGGUAUCGGUAUCGAAGUCAAAGUUCUGGUAUCGUGACAGCACUACAGUACAUGGUGUUUUGAGUGUCUAUUCUGGUAUCGUGACAACACUACAGUACAUGGUGUGUUGAGUGUCUAUUCUGGUAUCUCAACCUGUAUGGUUGUGUGGUCCUGUGUGACUGUUGGCCAGAGGUUGUGAGUUCAAUUCCUGCAGAGAUCACAUACACAAAACCCAUAGGCCUAUGUGCACUCACUGUUACUGUAAUGCAACUCACUGUUACUGUAAUGCAACUCACUGUUACUGUAAUGCAACUCACUGUUACUGUAAUGCAACUUACUGUAAUGGAAGUCGCUUUGGAUGAAAGCAUCUGCUAGAUGACAUAUAUUAUGUGGGUUGAAGAGCUUCUGACGAUAUCUAUCUCUCUACGAUUGUAGUGUGUCUGAUGUGGUGUUGGUUUGUGUUGUAGAUGCACUGUUCAGGGAUGCUCUGGCACCCUGAGGUGGCCACACAGUUGGUCCUGGCCUCCGAAGAUGACCGCAUGCCAGUUAUUCAGAUGUGGGACCUGCGCUUCGCCACGUCCCCUCUCAAAGUUCUGGAGAACCACACAAGGUGAGCCUUUUGGACAUUAUGCCACAUGGGUUUACAUGGAGCUGUUAUGUAUGAUGGUGAUAUGGUCUCUGUUAUGGCAGGUGCAGCUAAAUGCUUAAUGUUUCAGUAAUAUCUAUGCACCAAUUUGUAAGUCGCUCUGGAUAAGAGCGUCUGCUAAAUGACGUAAAUGUAAAUGUAACAAUAGUAAUCUCCACACAUAAUCCAACGUUUCUUUCUUUUUUAAUGCAUUGGUGAUGUGCUGCUGUAAUUGUCUGAAUGUCAUUUGUUGUGUUUUUAUUGGUGUUGUAUGUAUUAGGUGGCGCAGUCACAUUUCCCUUUUGGGGAUUAAUAAAAUACAAUUAGAUUUUAUAGCUAGGCUGUUGUUGUGUUUUCAUAGUUGAAGUUCAAAGAGAAAAAGCCUUGACUGUAGGUGAUGAUGGCUUCAUGUUUUUCGUCCUCAGGGGACUUCUGUCCAUAGCGUGGAGCCAAGCAGACCCAGAGCUGUUGCUCAGUAGUGCUAAAGAUAACAGGAUCCUCUGCUGGAAUCCAAACACUGGAGAGGUACCUGGUUUUCUGAUCUGUUUGAAAGGCCUCAUCACACCAUGUGGUGUAUAUGGCCUCCACAAACAAAGUUCCGCCGUCUUUCCCUGCCCAGGGCUUCUUCACAUGCCUCUGGUGUCCAGGUGAUCUGUCUCUAGAUCUUUUCUAAAUCGUCUCACAUUGUUAUGGUGAUCCAAUCUCUCUCCCGUCUCUCUAGGUGAUCUAUGAGUUACCAACAACCAACCAGUGGUGCUUUGACAUCCAGUGGUGCCCCAGGAACCCAGGGCUGCUGUCGGCAGCCUCGUUUGACGGGUGGAUCAGUGUCUACAGCGUGAUGGGAGGAAGCCUGGAGGCCCAGCAGCAGAGAAGGGCUGAUCAGGUAGAGAGUCUCCAUCUGUGUUACAGCUCUACAUCCACUGUGGCCAUGUCUAUUUACUGUCUAAAGGAAAACACCCACAAUCCAGGGCUGCCACUAAGUCGCUGUGGAUAAGAGUGUCUGCUGAAUGACUAAAAUGUCAAAGGCUCCCUAUUUCCUAUCUAGUGCACUACUUUUGACCAGGGGUAUGGAAUAGAUGCGAUUUGAUUGUCUUAACAUUUUGGCAGAGUCUGGUGUGUAGCCUAGCUUUAAAUGUGGUUGCUACUGCUGCUAUAAUGGUAGGACAUGGCUGUAGAUCCCCCCCCUCAUUAAAGAGCUCUGCUCAUCUAUCUUACCUUUAAAUAAUAUUUAGAUUGGAAUGCAGUCCAUGUGUGGUACUUUCCCACAGAUCUCCUCGUCCUUUGACACCAUGGAUCCGUUUGGGACGGGCCAGGUGCUGCCCCCUCUGCAGGUUCCCCAACCCAGCCCUCAGACCACCCUCGUCGCUCCGCUGAAGAAGCCCCCCAAGUGGGUGCGCAGGCCCGUAGGAGCCUCAUUCGCUGUAAGUGCAAUGUACUUAUAUGUUUUUUGUAUGUCCGUUUUUGUAUUUCUGAAGGUAAAUAACGUAAGUAGAUGCCUAUUGUGAGGAACCCCAAUAUGUUUAAGCAGUAAGGCAUGAGAACCUGUGGAUUAUGGAGGAAACUCACGGUUAAUGUGUAUUCUUAGUCAUGACGUAAAGAGUUACUCUUCGGUGACGCUCUACUUAUAAAGGGGCCAAACGUGCUCGUGACAAGUCUUACAAUGUAUUAUAACUGCAUCAUGGUAAUACUACAUUCCCCCCCCCCCCCCCCCCCCCCCAUCUCUUCUCCUUGUAGUUUGGUGGGAAGCUGAUCACAUUUGGGAGCCCUAAGCCUCCAGUCCAGAGCCCACAGCCCGUCCCUGUCCCCAGGCAGGUGUUUGUGAGCCAGGUCACCACGGAAACAGAGUUCCUCCAGCGCUCCAGAGAGCUGCAGGCUGCUCUGCAGUCCGGCUCCUUGUCAGACUACUGCCAGGCCAAGAUCCACAAGGCCCCAACAGACUCUGAACAGGACAUAUGGAGGUUUCUCCUGGUAGGUGUUAUGACACUUAACAGUGGCAUGAAAGGUUCAUUUUAAAGGGAUAAUGGGAGAUUUUGGCAAUUAAGCAACUUUUCUACUUACCAAGGGUCAGAUGAACUCAUGGAUACCAUUUUAGCAUGCUAACAGUUCCAGUAGACUUCCAGUCAUUGCACUAACGUUAGUUAGCAAUGGCUCUCGAAACUACCUUUUUAACUUCCUUCAAAACUGCAUGCAGAGACAAAAAUGGUAUCCGUGAGAUCAUAUGACUCUGGGUAAGUAGAAAAGGGGUUUCAUUGCUGAAAUCUCACACUGUCCCCAUAAUGUUACAUUGUUUGACCCUGGGGUACGUUUACGUCCCCCCCCCCCCCCCCCCCCCCAUUGUUCAGAUAACGUUGUGAUUAAAAGAGUACAGUUAUCUGUGACAUCUGUGGUCCGGCGUAUCCUUCACACUGAACAGUAGUAGGACUCACAGAACACCUCUGGAGAUGACACGUUGCAUGAACAGUAGACUUCUCUUUACGAUGGAUUUGGAAAGAAACAGCCAUGACCAAUAUAUUGUCAAUGAUGAACACAAGUUCUGCAAGGGCUGUUUUUAUGUUUGUGAUGUUAUCCACCUCCUGACGUUUGCAGGUCAACUUUGAAGACGAAGCCCGGGUCAAAUUCCUGAGACUUCUGGGUUUCAGCAAAGAGGAGUUGGAGAGAAAGAUAUCCACCUGCUUGGGGAAGAACCUGCAGCCUAACGGACAUGGAGUGGAUGCCAACGAUCUGGCUGAGAAGAUACAGCUUCUGUCUACUCAGGUCAGACCAGGAACAUGCCUCUACAUAGCCCUGCUACAUAGUCCAUUCUCUUCAUAGUACUCCUAAUUCUAGUCCAGACGGCAUUUCUUCCACAGUCCACCAGAGGGCAGUGACGGGUAUCAGAAGUGACGUGUGGUCUCUUUUCAUAACAAAAUGAAUCCUGUCAGAUGACUCUGUUAAAAUGUCCCCUUUAGUGUUUACAGAUAACAUGUAUAUUACCAGCACCAACCUUCCAUCAAAGUGAAUUGUUCUUGUUUGUUUUUCCAGAGGUCAGAAGAGUCCGGUGAUGCAGUCGACUCCACCAAGACCCCUGGUUCAUCCUCCCCCUCAGACUUUUUCAGUCACAUCCCACCACCACCACAGGACAAGGAGAAGAUCAGCUUCCAAAUCCCUGUCUCAGCAGGUACUGCUUGCCUUCUGUUCAGUAUCACAGCUCUCUCUUCCUGUGAAAUCUAAACAGUAUGGACUGGUUUCCCGGACACAGAUAAAAAAAAAAAAAGCAUGUUCAAUGUAAAACCUUUUUUAGUCCAGGAUUAGCCUUAAUAUGAAUCUGUGUCCUGGUAACUGGCCCUUUGUAUGAAUGUCACUCUCCGUAUCUCAUUCAGUGGUUUAUGCCUCUGUUGUUGCAGAUGCAGACGGUCUGAUCAGCCAGGCUCUGCUGGUGGGUAACUUUGAGGGAGCGGUGGAUCUGUGUCUGUACGACGGCCGCUACGCUGAGGCCAUCCUGCUGGCUAUCAGUGGAGGAGAGGAGCUACUGCAGAAGACCCAGCAGACAUACCUGGACAAGCAGAGGAACAGCAUCUCCAUGGUAAGACAGGGGACAUACCUGGACAAGCAUCUCCAUGGUAAGACAGGGGACAUACCUGGACAAGCAUCUCUAUGGUAACACAGGGGACAUACCUGGACAAGCAUCUCCAUGGUAAGACAGGGGACGUACCUGGACAAGCAUCUCCAUGGUAAGACAGGGGACAUACCUGGACAAGCAUCUCCAUGGUAAGACAGGGGACAUACCUGGACAAGCAUCUCCAUGGUAAGACAGGGGACAUACCUGGACAAGCAUCUCCAUGGUAAGACAGGGGACAUACCUGGACAAGCAGAGGAACAGCAUCUCCAUGGUAAGACAGGGGACAUACCUGGACAAGCAUCUCCAUGGUAAGACAGGGGACUUACCUGGACAAGCAUCUCUAUGGUAAGACAGGGGACAUACCUGGACAAGCAUCUCCAUGGUAAGACAGGGGACAUACCUGGACAAGCAUCUCCGUGGUCAGACAGGGGACUUUUAAACUAUGUCUCAAAUGGCACCCUAUUCCCUGUCUAGUGCACUACCUUUGACCAGGGCCCAGUUGGGACAUACCCUCAGGGCUAUCUGAUUAUAUUAUAUUUGUAUGACUUGAUUACUAGCUAGCAAAGUUUAGUUUAGUUCAGAAUAUAGUUAUUUUAUAUCAACUGAGUCAACGUCAAUAAAUACAACAUGGUUGUUAAGUCUACAACAUGUUAAGUCUACAACAUGUUAAGUCUACAGCAUGUUAAGUCUACAACAUGUUAAGUCUACUUUCCAUCUCUCCUCAGCUGAUCUCAUCCGUGGUGACCCAGAACUGGGGAGACAUCGUGCAGAGCUGUGAGUUGGAUAACUGGAAGGAGGCUCUCGCUGCUCUCCUAACCUACGCUCACCCCAACGAGUUUGCUCAUCUGUGUGGUAAGGACACCAAGAUGUUGAGGAUUGUAGCAAAGGAAUCAGUAAACUCCGACUUGCUUUUUACCUUGGGUUCAGCACUUAUUUAUGCAGUGACUAAAAAUCUAUUUCACAAGAGAGGCCUGAUUGUUCCUGAUUGGCUCUUCUCCUUCCUAUUCCUAAACCCCACCCCCCUUUCUCCUGGUAGCACUGGAACUGAUCUCUAUGCUAUGUAGCGUUUGUCAUGACUAUAUCUGUUGUAUGGUUGGUAUUGUCUGAUGCUGUUUCUUACCCCUGACUGCUAGAGACCCUGGGGUCGCGUCUGGAGGGUGACGGGACAGAGAAACGCUGUCUGCAGGCAUGUCUCUGUUACAUCUGCUAUCUAACCUCUCCUUCUCUUCCCCCUCCCUCCCUCUCCCUCGCUCUCCCUCUCCUGGUACUGUAGACACCCUGGGGUCACGUCUGGAGGGUGAGGGGACAGAGAAACGCUGUCUGCAGGCAUGUCUCUGUUACAUCUGCUCUGGGAACAUUGAGAAACUAGUGGAAUGCUGGGCCCUGCAGAGGGACUGCUCCUCUCCUCUGGUUCUAGAGGUAAUAAAUAGUUUUAUCUAUAUAUUUGUCCUUUAUUUAACCAUGGAAGUCACGUUUCCAAGUGAACCCUGGUGUUAUAACAUGAUGACGUGAUCCGAUAACUGGCCAAUUUGGUUGCAUUCCUUCCAACCAGAUACUGUCUGUAAUGACAUCGUAGGAACCGGGUAGUAACAUUAUGCCGUGUGUGUGAUUGACUGCCAGGACAUGGUGGAGAAGGUGAUGGUCCUGCGUAAGUCUAUUGAGCGUCUGAGGAGCAGUGAGGUGGCGCUACAGAGUCCUGUCCUGGCUGACAAGCUGACUCACUAUGCUGGUCUCCUGGCCUCACAGGGCAGCCUGGUUACAGCAAUGUCCUACCUGCCAGACGCCUCAGACCAGGUAAGCACAACCCACACUACUCUUCAGAUUCCCUUAUCAACAAGGAAAUAUUUCAUCAUGUCAUUACGCUUCGAAGACGCCCGCAUGUUUUCUCUCUCCUGGAUUGUGUUCAGACCUGCAUUUAAUAUGUACUACGUAUGGAACUAAUGUUGUUGUCCAGAAAGUUCAUUUCCCGCCCAUCUGGUACUCCAGAGGGAUGUACAACAAAGCAGGAUCAAUGAGUUAGACAGCUUACUUCGAUAAACAACCAGAAAUUACUACUGAUUUUAAAAAGCUAAACUUCCAUGUGUUCUUGGUUGUUGAGUCAAUUAGACCAUGCCCAUUUCAAGCUUAUCUUAAAAAAAAUAAAAAAUAAAGAUAUGUUAUUUCAUAAUAUUAAGGCAAGUUAGCUGGCUAACUAAGAUUUAAAGUGCUAUUAUAACUGAGGUAAGGGUUUUGUUCUGUGCUGUGUGUCCCUGCAGGCUUCCAUCAGGAUGAUGAGAGACCGGCUGUUCCACGCCCAGGCUGAGGGAGCAGCAGGGGGCCAACAGCCCCCACCGUUCCCCUACAACGUAGUCAGUGUGACGGGGGGCCACCCUGCCCCCCCCCUCCCCAGCACAACCACCAGCACAGACAACACUGACGCCGGUAUUUUAGGAAUCAAUGCUUGUUGUUUGACAAAUUUUUGCCUCAGCCAUGAGAGUGCAACAAUACACAAUAAAAAUGAUUUGAGGAUUAUAAAACACAAUCAAGUAAACAGACUUAUUUCCAUUGAUUUAUACAUUGAUGAACGUAAUCUCCACUUGAAGUGUCCAUGAUAUCAUAGCAGUUGCUAGAGUACAUGUUGUGAAAAGUCAGCAGGCUUUAGGACGUUGUUAUGAUUUCAUGUAUGUUUCUGUCUCUGCGUAGCGCUCUACUUUUGAAGUGGUCCUCUAUAUAGGGAAUAGGGUGGUCUUUCAGACGCAGACUGGGUAUAAAUGAUGAUGUUUCUCUCCAGGGGCCCCACCAGCCUCCUCUUCCUGUGAUGCCAGUGGUUGGCCAGCCUCAGCCUCCUAUGACUACAGUGUUCACUCCGCAAGCUGUUACUGCUCACUCCAGAGGACCACCUCCUCCUUCAUAUGGUGGUCUGCCACCCUCCUCCCAUGGUCCUCCGCCUAGUGGUCUGCCACCCUCCUCCCAUGGUCCUCCAGCUAGUGGGCUGCCACCCUCCUCCCAUGGUCCUCCAGCUAGUGGUCUGCCACCCUCCUCCCAUGGUCCACCUAGUGGUCUGCCACCCUCCUCCCAUGGUCCUCCACCUAGUGGUCUGCCACGGACAGGGAUACGGCCAGCCUACCCCCAGCAUCCUGCCGCUGCCCCAGGUAGGCUCUCACCCUCAGUCCAGGACCGUGUUCAGUAGUCAGACGUUGUAUCUGGAUCUGACCUUGUGUAUAGUGUGUUUACUUUACUUUAUCUGUCUGCUAAAUGGCUUAUUAUUAUAUUAUAUUAUUAUUAUUAUUAUUAUUAUUAUUAUUUAUCUUGUUCUUCUUAUCUUAUAUCCUGUGUUUUUGUUCUACCUUAUUUUUAGAACUACAUUGAUAUUGAUUACUGCAUUGUUGGGUUUGGCGCUUGCAAGAAAGGCAUUGCACUGUACUUGUGUACGUUACAUUAAAACUUGAAACUGGUUUGUUCUACGUAAUAUAUUUCUAUCUGAAGGUAAUAUACAAGGCGGGCCCUGCUGAACCCGGUGCUACUCUGUCUACUCCAGAUUGGUCUUGAUGUAACAUUUCUGUCUCCUGUCAACUCAGGGUUCUCUCCACUCCAGCCACAACAGCCCAUGUGUGCAGGACUCUCUGCCUUCGCUCCAGGACCCACUAUGCCAGGCUCCAGCCUGUCUGGACACCCCCCUGGCGGCCUCCCCACCAUGCCCAGCCCAGGGCUUCCUCCUUCAGGCUUCAACCCCACCUCGCUCCCCUCAGGCCCCAUGCCACCGAGCUACCAGCAGCCUGGGGCCCCCGUCGGCAUGUACCCACCAGGGGGGUCUCACCUUCACAGCCAGGGCCCACCUGCAGGUCCCCCCUCUGGCCCAUACCCACCCAUGGGACCUGGGUACCCACAAGGAGGUCCUGGAGCCCCAGCCGUCAAGUCCUUCUCUGCUCCCUCGGUUGCUCCUCCUCCUACAGGUACUGACCAUGAUGCAAUUGAUGAGUUGAAUCCCAAAUACUCUCCUUUUCCUUAUAUAGUGCACUACUUUUGACCUGGGCUCAUAGGUCAGUAGUGCACUAUAAAGGGGAAUGGGGUGCAAUUUGGGACGUAGGUAUUGACGUGUAACACCACUGUUUUUCUGUUAUGAGCCAAUACAUCUUAAAUAAUCUUUAUUAAUUUAUGCUUAAAGAAGGAAUGGUAGUCAGAAAUAGAUGAUUGUAUGACACUUGUCUCUUUUUAUAAAUACUAAAACGUGUGUAGUGAGAUUGGAGAAGUGAAUUAGCACAUGUUGUAAUGUUAAUUGAUACAUGCUUUUGAUUGAGCUGUCCCCCCCUUGUUUAACUUUCAGGGUACUUCCCUUGGCUGAGUCCUCCCCUUGUUGACGAUGAUGCAGGUGAUAGUGAGAGUGAGAGACAGGGCUAGGUUUGGAUGUGCUGGGAUAAGAGCGUGUUACUGAAAGGUGUUUGCUUGUGCCGUCACAUGAUCGUACAGGGACACGUAGAGCCGGUCUAGGGUUUAUAACAAACCAUUGUAACGAUGUAGUGAAAGAAUCCAUGCUGGUGAUUAGUACAUGUAAACAUAAUACCUCAUUUAAUACCAAAGUAUCUGUUGUUUUUAAGUUGAUGAUAUUUGAAUGCUAAAAAUAUCCAUUACCACAGUAUUAGGCUAUGCCAAGUAGUGAAGAUAAUGCAACAACAAUAAUGUGUUAUUAUCGACAGUCCGUGUGUCCAAUCUAACUGCACUUCGAUGCUGCCUGGCCAUGGCCUGCUACCUGUUGAAGUCACCUGUUUGUUGCUGCUCUAGUGGAAAUACCUUCUUUUUUUUUUGAGUUGAAAGCGCUUUUAAGACUAAUUUUGCGAAAUAACCCUGCUCAUCUUAAUGUCACAGACCUUUCCAUUUAACUCCAUGGAUCCCCAGGUCUAUAUAGGCUCUUGGCUUUGGCUGCUGUCUGGGUUCAGAAGUGUUCUUGUGGCUGACUAUUCCUAUUUCACUAUCUAUAGGACAAGACGGCUGGAAUGACCCACCUGCAGUACGAGGGGGUCCCAGGAAGAAAAAGGUAACUCCUCUGGAUGAAUUACCUUCACACCGGGUUCCCUAUCCUCUCUGACAACAUGGACUAGCUCAGACUGGAGAAAUCCGGACCAGUUCCAAUUAGGAACCGACCCAGUCCAGGACCAGUAGACCAUCUUGGAAAUGUUAAUAGCUACAGAGGCUUAAACAUGCUUUAACCAUCUUAGUUCUAUGAGAACCAGUAUUCAGUGAAUAUGUUCCCCAGAUGUUGUAGACUGUAUCUUUUGGUAUUUCAAUACUUACACAUGUUUAAACACACAUUAAGAUCUUAGCUAUAUGUUAACCAGUAUAAGGUGAAUGUUUUUGUUGUCUGUGAUUAACCUGGUAGUGUGUGAAUCUGUGUUCUGUCUGUGCCUCAGGGUGUCCCAGAGAACUACACUCCUCCUGCUCCCAUCACCGCCCCUGUUAUGGGGGGUUUUCCCAUGGAGGGCCCUCAUCAGCCCCAAGGACAGCAGGGCCACGACCCCAGUCGCACCCAGCAGUUCCCCCCAGGGGCCCCUCAGGAGCCCAGCGUACAGGUCAGUGACAACCUAGUCUCGACCCCAGCCUUUCUAUUUCUCCAUGCCCAGUUCUGGAGCCAGAAUACAGUGUGAUGUCUGGUAGCAUGAGACUAGUGCCAACCUAACCCAGUACUAACUGGCACAAUUCAAUACGGAUCUGAAACAUCAAGAGAGACCUGAAAGUAUCAGUCUUCUCUAGUUCUCAUCUCCCAUUUACUUUCUUAAUAAAGGCCUGGCAGGCUGACCACUAACCCCUAAAGUCAGGCUGCCAUUUACUUUCUUAUUAAAGGCCUGGCAGGGUGACCACUAACCCCUAAAGUCAGGCUGCCAUUUACUUGCUUAUUAAAGUCCUGGCAGGGUGACCACUAACCCCUAAAGUCAGGCUGCCAUUUACUUGCUUAUUAAAGGCCUGGCAGGGUGACCUCUAACCCCUAAAGUCAGGCUGCCAUUUACUUGCUUAUUAAAGGCCUGGCAGGGUGACCACUAACCCCUAAAGUCAGGCUGCCAUUUACUUGCUUAUUAAAGGCCUGGCAGAGUGACCUCUAACCCCUAAAGUCAGGCUGCCAUUUACUUGCUUAUUAAAGGCCUGGCAGGGUGACCUCUAACCCCUAAAGUCAGGCUGCCAUUUACUUGCUUAUUAAAGGCCUGGCAGGGUGACCACUAACCCCUAAAGUCAGGCUGCCAGACUCAAGUCUCCAUUCGCUCUGCUUAAGGAAAAGGGUGGGAUUGAGGUUAACUAACAUCUGUAUGCAAAAUUCAAGAGAGACCUGAAACAUAACAUCUAGUUCUUAACUCCUAUUCCCUCAUAAUAGGCUCUGGCAGGCUCCUAGAAAUAUAUAUCUAUAUAUAGAUGGGCAGAUCUCUAACCCCUGUGGGCUCAUAGAAAUAUCUAUAGAUAGGCAGAUCUCUAACCCCUGUGGGCUCAUAGAAAUAUCUAUAGAUGGGCAGUUCUCUAACCCCUGUGGGCUCAUAGAAAUAUCUAUAGAUGGGCAGUUCUCUAACCCCUGUGGGCUCAUAUAAAUAUCUAUAGAUGGGCAGAUCUCUAACCCCUGUGGGCUCAUAUAAAUAUCUAUAGAUGGGCAGAUCUCUAACCCCUGUGGGCUCAUAGAAAUAUAUAUAGAUGGGCAGAUCUCUAACCCCUGUGGGCUCAUAGAAAUAUAUAUAGAUAGGCAGAUCUCUAACCCCUGUGGGCUCAUAGAAAUAUCUAUAGAUGGGCAGAUCUCUAACCCCUGUGUGUCCCUUCAGCUCCUCCAGGCGCUGCCGGCUGAGAGGGUGGAGCAGAGGGAGAUCCCUGCAGAGCACAUGGUCCUCAAACAGACCUUCGACAGCCUGGUUCAACGCUGCCAGCUAGCCGCACAAGAUCCAGUAAGUCUUUACACAGGACAGUAGUAUCAGGUCUUGUAUAUUGAAAAGCCAGGAUUUCUACCCAUCCAUCUGCAUAAGAAGCGGUAAGUCUUUACACACAGGGCCGUUCUGUAUGUGCUCCUGUUGUAGUCUGACAUCUAAUAUUCUAUGUGUUAUUUUCUCAGCAAACAAAAAGAAAACUUGACGAUGCAUCGAAACGCCUUGGGUACCUGUAUGACAAGCUGAGAGAGCAAACGGUGAGAACAUGUAGCAGAUCGUUUACCACCAGGGGUCGCCUUAGAGUUCAGAAAUCUGCUUUUUCAAAACGCAGACCUUCAAAAAACCAUUUCACCUGCGUUUUACAUUGAAAGUCAACUGUUUUUUUUUUUGCUUCAAUAGCGUGAUCAGGGACGUGCAACUAUAGUUUUCCUUCACAGAAAAUACAUUAGUGCAACACAUUCAGCAGAAAUUGGCUUCAUUUUCAUCAGAUGACAACAGAAGUGCAACGCUAUUUGGCUGGCAGCCACACAAGUAAAUGAGCUUACAAUGAAAAGGCAAGGCAUAUUUUGGAAAAUCGAUGCAUGGCCAUCAUAUUUCGAAUGUUUAUCAUAGAAAGAAUGUAGCCAGCUACAUUUCCCAAUGUUUUGCUUGAAGUUAAUCUUGCAUUUUACCGUAAAAAGUCUUUAGUAGCUCCACAUCAGUCAGAGCGCUAUCUACUGAUAGAAUGCCUGUUCAUGAAAUUUCAUCCCAGUGGAGAAGUGCAACUGAAGCACAAAAUUAGUCUGAUGCCGAGCAGAAAUUACAAUAAGAAGCAUUUUACAUCUGUCUUUACAAAACGCAACAAGAUAUUUCUUAUGCGUUUUAUUUAAUUUUUCUGCGUGAAAAUCACAGAAUUCUGCAUUAACGCGACCCCUGUACCAUGAUGUCAGUUAGUUCUCAUUCUAACCCUGUCAAGGUAGUCCACUACAUAACAGACCCAGUCAAGGUAGUCCACUACAGAACAGACCCAGUCUAGGUAGUCCACUAACAGACCCAGUCAAGGUAGUCCACUACAUAACAGACACAGUCUAGGUAGUCCACUACAUAACAGACCCAGUCUAGGUAGUCCACUACAGAACAGACCCAGUCAAGGUAGUCCACUACAGAACAGACCCAGUCUAGGUAGUCCACUACAUAACAGACCCAGUCAAGGUAGUCCACUACAGAACAGACCCAGUCUAGAUAGUCCACUACAUAACAGACCCAGUCAAGGUAGUCCACUACAUAACAGACCCAGUCUAGGUAGUCCACUAACAGACCCAGUCAAGGUAGUCCACUACAUAACAGACCCAGUCAAGGUAGUCCACUAACAGACCCAGUCAAGGUAGUCCACUACAGAACAGACCCAGUCAAGGUAGUCCACUACAUAACAGACCCAGUCUAGGUAGUCCACUAACUGACCCAGUCAAGGUAGUCCACUACAGAACAGACCCAGUCUAGGUAGUCCACUACAGAACAGACCCAGUCAAGGUAGUCCACUAACAGACCCAGUCAAGGUAGUCCAUUACAGAACAGACCCAGUCAAGGUAGUCCACUACAGAACAGACCCAGUCUAGGUAGUCCACUACAGAACAGACCCAGUCAAGGUAGUCCACUACAGAACAGACCCAGUCAAGGUAGUCCACUACAUAACAGACCCAGUCAAGGUAGUCCACUACAUAACAGACCCAGUCUAGGUAGUCCACUACAUAACAGACCCAGUCUAGGUAGUCCACUACAGAACAGACCCAGUCUAGGUAGUCCACUACAGAACAGACCCAGUCUAGGUAGUCCACUACAGAACAGACCCAGUCUAGGUAGUCCACUACAGAACAGACCCAGUCUAGGUAGUCCACUAACAGACCCAGUCUAGGUAGUCCACUAACAGACCCAGUCUAGGUAGUCCACUAACAGACCCAGUCUAGGUAGUCCAUUACAGAACAGACCCAGUCUAGGUAGUCCACUACAGAACAGACCCAGUCAAGAUAGUCCACUACAUAACAGACCCAGUCUAGGUAGUCCACUAACAGACCCAGUCAAGGUAGUCCACUACAUAACAGACCCAGUCUAGGUAGUCCACUACAUAACAGACCCAGUCUAGGUAGUCCACUACAGAACAGACCCAGUCAAGGUAGUCCACUAACAGACCCAGUCUAGGUAGUCCACUAACAGACCCAGUCUAGGUAGUCCACUAACAGACCCAGUCUAGGUAGUCCACUAACAGACCCAGUCAAGGUAGUCCACUACAUAACAGACCCAGUCAAGGUAGUCCACUAACAGACCCAGUCUAGGUAGUCCACUAACAGACCCAGUCUAGGUAGUCCACUAACAGACCCAGUCUAGGUAGUCCACUAACAGACCCAGUCUAGGUAGUCCACUAACAGACCCAGUCAAGGUAGUCCACUACAGAACAGACCCAGUCAAGGUAGUCCACUACAGAACAGACCCAGUCUCGGUAGUCCACUACAGAACAGACCCAGUCUAGGUAGUCCACUACAUAACAGACCCAGUCUAGGUAGUCCACUACAGAACAGACCCAGUCUAGGUAGUCCACUACAGAACAGACCCAGUCUAGGUAGUCCACUACAGAACAGACCCAGUCUAGGUAGUCCACUACAGAACAGACCCAGUCUAGGUAGUCCACUAACAGACCCAGUCUAGGUAGUCCACUAACAGACCCAGUCUAGGUAGUCCACUAACAGACCCAGUCUAGGUAGUCCACUAACAGACCCAGUCAAGGUAGUCCACUACAUAACAGACCCAGUCUAGGUAGUCCACUAACAGACCCAGUCAAGGUAGUCCACUACAUAACAGACCCAGUCUAGGUAGUCCACUACAGAACAGACCCAGUCUAGGUAGUCCACUACAGAACAGACCCAGUCUAGGUAGUCCACUACAUAACAGACCCAGUCUAGGUAGUCCACUACAUAACAGACCCAGUCUAGGUAGUCCACUACAUAACAGACCCAGUCUAGGUAGUCCACUACAUAACAGACCCAGUCUAGGUAGUCCACUACAUAACAGACCCAGUCUAGGUAGUCCACUACAUAACAGACCCAGUCUAAGUAGUCCACUACAGAACAGACCCAGUCUAAGUAGUCCACUAACAGACCCAGUCAAGGUAGUCCACUAACAGACCCAGUCAAGGUAGUCCACUACAGAACAGACCCAGUCAAGGUAGUCCACUACAGAACAGACCCAGUCAAGGUAGUCCACUACAUAACAGACCCAGUCUAGGUAGUCCACUACAUAACAGACCCAGUCAAGGUAGUCCACUACAGAACAGACCCAGUCUAGGUAGUCCACUAACAGACCCAGUCAAGGUAGUCCACGUGCAUAAAAUAUUGUAAAGAAAGUUUUUACACGCCUACAGUAACUUAAAUUCUCCCGUCAUCCUGUAGCUGUCUACCAACAUCCUGGGUGGUUUACAUGAGAUCAGCCGCUGUGUGUCUGUCCAGAACUACCCGCGUGGCCUAGAGGUCCACACUGCUGUGGUCACCAGCAGCAACUUCAGCGAGAUCCAAGCCUUCAUGCCCAUCCUCAAAGUGGUCAUGACCAUCGCCAACAAGCUGGCCGUCUGACCGCUGAUCUCACACCUAGGCUAGCGUCUAGAAUGAACCUUAUUUCCUAUAAUGCACUGCUUUUGACCAGACCCUGUGGGCUCUAUAAGGGCCCAAUGAGCCCUGUGGGCUCUGAGGGCCCUGUGGGCUCU